UGCGGUGCCGGCAUGGCGGCGGCGGGCCCGGGGCGCGGCGGCGGCGGCGGCGGCUGGGGCCGGAGCCGGGGCGCGGUGCUGCUGCUCUUCUUCUCGCUGUCCCCGCGGCCGCCGGCCGGGGCCGCCUGGCUGCUAGGGCUGCGGCCCGAGGACACGGCGCCGGGCCGGGUGUCCCUUGAGGGCGGCGCGGUGCAGGCGGCCGAGGGCAGCCGCUUCCUGCUGCGCCUCUACUUCCAGCCGCAGCCCGAGGGCAACGGCAGCCGCGGGCCGGCGGGCGAGAGGGAGCCGCGCUUGGUCUUCAUCGAGGAGGCGGCGGCGGCGGGCGGGGGGAAGGCGGCGCGGGGCCCGGCGGAGCGGUGCCGGGAGCGCAGCGCCUGGGCCUCGGACGUGGAGGUGGUGGGGCCGCUGCGCUCGGGCGGCGCGGCGGGCUCGGCGCUGGCCGAGGUGCGGGUGCGGGAGCCGCGCAAGGGCGAAGCGGCGGCGGCGCCGGGCGGGCGGCUCUUCUCGCUGUGCGCGUGGGACGGGCGGGCGUGGGCGCACCACGGCGCUGCGGGCGGCUUCCUGCUGCGGGUGCGGCCGGCCUCCCCCGCGCUGGGCGCCUGGCUGCUGCCGCUGCCCGAGGCGGGCUGGCUGCGGGCGCUGGGCGCGCUGCUGCUGCUGGGGCUGUCGGCGCUGUUCAGCGGGCUGCGCCUCUCGCUGCUCUCGCUGGACCCGCUGGAGCUCCGCGUCCUGCGCAACAGCGGCUCGGCCGCCGAGCGGGAGCAGGCGCGGCGGGUGCAGGCGGUGCGCGGCGGCGGAGGCACCUACCUGCUGUGCACGCUGCUGCUGGGCCAGGCGGGGGCCAACGCGGCGCUGGCCGGCUGGCUGUGCGCGUCGCUGCCCGGCGGAGGGCCGGCGGCCGGCGGAGGGCCGCGUGGAGCGCCGUGGCUGCCCGUGCUGCUGUGCGCGGCCGCCGUCUUCCUGGGCGGCGAGGUGCUGCCCUACUCGGUGUGCUCGCGGCACGGGCUGGCCAUCGCGUCGCGCACGCUGUGCCUCACGCGGCUGCUGAUGCUGGCCGCCUUCCCGCUGUGCUACCCGCUCAGCCGGCUGCUGGACUGGGCGCUCCGGCAGGAGCUCAGCGUCUUCUCCACGAGGGAGCGGCUGCUGGAGACGCUGCGCGCCGCCGGGCCCCACGGCGACCUGGUGCGGGAGGAGUUGGCCAUGGUGCAGGGAGCGCUGGAGCUGCGCACCAAGGUGGUGGAGGACGUGCUGACGCCGCUGGCCGACUGCUUCAUGCUGCGCUCCGACGCUGUGCUGGAUUUCGCCACCGUCUCCGAGAUCCUUCGCUCCGGCUACACGCGCAUCCCUGUCUACGAGGGCGACCGGCGCGACAACAUCGUCGACCUGCUCUUCGUCAAGGACCUGGCCUUUGUCGACCCCGAUGACUGCACCCCGCUGCAGACCGUCACCCGCUUCUACCGCCGCCCGCUCCACUGCGUCUUCAAUGACACGCGCCUCGACACGCUGCUCGAGGAGUUCAAGAAGGGGAAGUCCCACCUGGCCAUCGUGCAGCGGGUGAACAACGAAGGGGAAGGAGACCCGUUCUACGAGGUGAUGGGCAUCGUCACCCUGGAGGAUGUCAUUGAGGAGAUCAUCAAAUCCGAGAUCCUGGAUGAGACGGAUCUGUACACGAACAACCGGAAAAAGGAGCGUGUGCCCCACCGGGGCCGCAAGCCCCAGGACUUCUCCAUCUUCAGGCUGUCAGACAGCGAGAUGAAGGUGAAGAUCUCCCCGCAGCUCCUGCUGGCGACGCAUCGCUUCAUGGCUACAGAGGUGGAGCCCUUCAAGUCCCCAUACCUCUCCGAGAAGAUCCUGCUGCGGCUCCUCAAGCACCCCAACGUCAUCCAGGAGCUGAAGUAUGACCGCAAGAACAAGAAGGCAGCGGAGCAUUACCUCUACCAGCGCAACCGCCCCGUCGACUACUUUGUGCUCAUCCUGCAGGGAAAAGUGGAGGUGGAGGUUGGCAAGGAAGGGCUGCGCUUUGAGAAUGGGGCAUUCACUUACUAUGGAGUCCCUGCCAUCAUGGCUAUCGUCUCCUCUGAUAACGAUGUGCGGAAAGUGGGCAGCCUGGCGGGAUCCUCCUUCCUGCUGCCUGUCUCGGUGUCCCGUACCUUCGCCUUCAGCAGAGGGGACUCCCUGGCCGGCUCUCCAGUGAACCGGUCCCCCUCGCGGUGCAGUGGGCUCAACCGCUCCGAGUCCCCGAACCGGGAGCACAAUGACUACGGGGGCAGCACCACGCAGCUCUACAGCAGCAGCAACAACAUCUACACUCCUGACUACUCCGUACACAUCCUUUGUGAUGUCCAGUUUGUCAAGGUGACCCGGCAGCAGUACCAGAACGCGCUGGUGGCCAGCCGCAUGGACAGCUCACCCCAGUCCCCCGACGUGGAAGCCUUUGACAGGGACUCGACCAAGGCUUCAACAGCUCGGGGCACCCCGCAGACACCCAAGGAGGAUACCACCACCCUCCUGAUCGAGAGGAACAGCCGGUCUGAGGGUCAGCGCAGCCCCAGCGACUCUGUGUGCCUGCGCAUGGAGGCCAUUCCCUUCAUCCAGGAGGAGCUGGCCGAGCAGCAGGACGGUGGUGAGCAGCAGGACAGGGAGUGCUGCGGCCCUGGGCUGGAGGCAGAGUCCCCAGGAAGGGAGGUCGGGAGCGGCUCCUCUCCCAGCAGCUCCGAGGAGACUUUGGGCAAGAGGCUGCUGAGAUCACUGAGUGAACGCAGGCAGCGGCAGUCACCAGAGGGUGAGCAGAUGCCAGAAGAGAGCUCCAACCUCACCCCGCUGAUCACCUGAGCAGCAGCGUUGCCAGAGCACGGUGCUGGAGGCCCACGUGGACCCCAGGUCUGCAGCAUGGCGGUCUCCUGCCGCAAGGCCCCUGUCCAGCAGCAGCAGGUCUGCAUUCGCUCUGCCCGCCCGCUCGUGCCGCCCCUCCCUGCAGGACUGCAGAGCCCCAUCCCCAGGCCAAAGGACGCACUGCUGGGACUGAAGCAUCUAGUGGCACGGAGCAGCUUGCUGGUGCCUGAGGGCCCGGCCCAGCUGCUCCCUGGUAGUACCUGGUCUCAAGGAAGAGGUGGAGAAAGGAAAGGGGGAGAAGCGUUCCCUGCGGGCAGCACAGGGAGGGGCAGCCCAAGCCACAACACCCUCAGCAUCAUUGCGCAUCCCCAUCCUGCGAGGCCUGGAGCCCCCCCCCGCUGGGCACUGCACACACGUGCUCUCCGCCAUAAGGAGACAACGCUAUUUGGGGGGUGCCACCCGCAGCUCAGGGCCCCAGUACACGUCUGUGCCGUGCCCAGCGCCACGCACAGCCGCAGCGCACGCCGACAUCUCUGCAGCCCGGCACGGGAGCACAGCUCAACCCCAUGACCGGCUGCUCCAUGCCGCAUUGACCAUCCUCUGUGCGAGGCAGGCUUGUGCCGAGCCUCCAGGUCAGCACCGACCGGUCCGUAGUUUUGUAGAGGCUGAACGCAACAGGGAUGUCAACAAUAAACGUGAUUUCUCCCUGA